GUGAAAGUUGGUAUGUAUGACAGAAAUGGGAAGGAGAUUGUAAACAUUGUGUUCAAUAACAGUUGGUCAGACAGCAUGACCUCUUGGUUUACUGCCGAUAACAUCGUCCAGCAAGGUCAGCGCUACACCGACCUUUCUCCUCAGCUAAUCACUAAUUGUAGUGCUGAAGGAGAAUCAGGUAAAGGUCAUCGCUUCCUGAUCACAUCAAACUCCUCCCCAGGAUGUGAAACCAUUAGGGGGUGGAUGGUUGUCGUAGAUAAGGGUCGUACCGGCCAGUGUCACUGGGACUACGGGCGCGAAACACCAUUCUUCCUGUACUCUCAAAACACGACAAGUACAACCUUGUUGGAAAUGGUCUCUGCCAGUGUCUUUGUUAUUUUUGUGG